UUGGCCCUCUAUUCGAAAAUUAAGCGAGUGAACUCCUAAGAAGUGCAACUUGCUCAGUCGGAAAAGAAGUAAACGCUUGUACCAUGUCCUACCUUGAUUUUGGUAUGCAGUGCAUGUUUUACAGAAAUAUAAAUAUUUGUUUCUGAGUAACUCCAGGAUAUUUAGAAAGAUCCGCUAUUAUCAACAUACUGGAGAGUUCGGUUGUAAGAAAGUUAGUGUUUUUAUGUAUCUGUUGGAAGAAAUGUCAUCGAUAACGAACUUUACACCAGAGUCAGCAAAAGCUGCCUUAACGGAUGUUCUGACCGCACUGAAUUCUCCUGAGAAUAUUCAGAAACUUGCCGAAGCUAAAGAAAAUUCAGGAAAUGAAAUGCUAAAGAUGAUGCAGUUUGUAUUUCCCAUAGUGGUACAAAUUCAAAUGGAUGUCAUAAAGAAUUAUGGGUUUCCAGAAGGAAGGGAUGGAACUAUUCAAUUUGCACAACUGAUCAGGGCUCUGGAGCGCGAUGACCCUGAAAUUGCUCAACUUCAUGGACAAGUAAGAUCUUAUUUUCUUCCACCGCUCGAAGCCAAUUCAUUAGCAGAGGCAUCUCUUUAAAAUUGUAGGAUUGUGUAAAUAUUUUAUGCAAAACGUUAAUUUUAAACAGAGCUAGAGUACAUCUUAAUCUACAAUAGAUUGUCAUCGACCAUACCGAUAGAAUAUUUUAUAAUACAUGUUGUAUUUAAUGCCUAGGUAAAAUACAAAGUAUACAUUUAUUAGGAGCA